AUGUCUCUUUCUAAAAAGUUAACUUUGGACAAACUGGAUGUUAAAGGGAAACGAGUCAUCAUGAGAGUAGACUUCAAUGUUCCCAUGAAGAAGAACCAGAUUACAAACAACCAGAGAAUCAAGGCUUCCAUCCCAAGCAUCAAGUACUGCCUGGACAAUGGAGCCAGGUCAGUAGUUCUUAUGAGUCAUUUAGGUCGACCGGAAGGUGUUCCUAUGCCUGAUAAGUACUCUUUAGAGCCUGUUGCUGCUGAGCUCAAAUCCUUGCUGGGCAAGGAUGUUCUGUUCCUGAAGGACUGUGUGGGCUCAGAAGUGGAGAAAGCUUGUGCCAACCCAGCGCCUGGUUCAGUUAUCCUGCUGGAAAACCUGCGCUUUCAUGUGGAGGAAGAAGGGAAGGGCCAAGAUCCUUCUGGAAAUAAACUUAAAGCUGAGCCAGAUAAAAUAGAAGCCUUCCGUGCAUCACUCUCAAAGCUAGGGGAUGUCUUUGUCAACGAUGCUUUUGGCACUGCUCACCGGGCCCACAGUUCCAUGGUGGGAGUAAAUCUGCCCCAGAAGGCAUCUGGAUUUCUGAUGAAGAAGGAGCUGGAUUACUUUGCCAAAGCCUUGGAAAACCCAGAGAGACCCUUUCUGGCUAUACUUGGUGGAGCCAAAGUGGCAGACAAGAUCCAACUCAUCAAAAAUAUGCUGGACAAGGUCAAUGAGAUGAUUAUUGGUGGUGGAAUGGCUUAUACCUUCCUUAAGGUACUUAACAACAUGGAGAUUGGUGCUUCCCUGUUUGAUGAAGAGGGUGCCAUGAUUGUCAAAGAUAUCAUGGCCAAAGCCAAUAAGAAUGGUGUGCACAUUACCUUUCCUGUUGACUUUGUAACUGCAGACAAGUUUGAGGAGAAUGCUAAGGUUGGCCAAGCCACUGUAGCAUCAGGCAUACCUGCUGGCUGGAUGGGUUUGGACUGUGGUCCUGAGACUAACAAGAAGUAUGCUCAAGUUGUGGCCCAAGCCAAACUAAUUGUGUGGAAUGGACCUGUAGGGGUAUUUGAAUGGAAUGCCUUUGCUAAGGGAACCAAAGCCCUUAUGGAUGAAAUUGUGAAAGCCACUUCCAGGGGUUGUAUCACCAUAAUAGGAGGUGGAGACACUGCUACCUGCUGUGCCAAAUGGAACACUGAAGAUAAAGUCAGCCAUGUGAGCACUGGAGGAGGUGCUAGUCUAGAGCUUCUGGAAGGUAGAAUUCUUCCUGGAGUGGAUGCCCUCAGCAGCCUGUAG